AUGGCAAAUUCCAAGCUUUUCCUUGCUACAUUUGUGCUUGCUUUCCUUGUUCUUAACAUGGUUGAAGCUAAAGAAAUGAUUGAGAGUAACAAUUUUCAGAGGUCUCUCCUUCGUAUAGAUUGUGGAGCAGCGUGCGAAACUAGGUGCAAGUUAAGUAGCAGACCAAAUCUAUGUCAUAGGGCAUGUGGUACAUGUUGUGCUCGUUGUGGGUGUGUUCCACCGGGUACUUCUGGUAAUGAAAAAGUUUGCCCUUGCUAUUACAACCAGAGAACCCACGGUGGAGAACACAAGUGCCCUUAA